CAGGCCCUAUGCUACUGGCCACGAAUCGAUGGAACGCUAUGCUGCUGUGUCUAACGUGUGGCGCCGCCGGUCUGCGGGCAUCUGUGACAGCCAGCGAACUUUUAGCAGUUCGCGGUUAAGUUAAGCCGUGUUGUACGAAAACUCGCGAAAGCCUGUGUAAGAUCUCACUGAAUUAACUGACACGCACUGGAACUGUAAAGUAGUACUCAUACGCGGCGGUUUUCGAACAAGAACAGUUUUAAACUUGCCGAGUAACGAGAAGAGCAGUGGCACCGACGGAAAUGUGGCGAUUUUUCUACCGAUAAAACUGACCACAAGUCCAGCGGUAACAGCUCACUUCCAAUAUCUAUCUCACUGAUAAGACAAGUCGAGGUCUCUUUUCUCAUCCCAGGUGACAGACAGGCAAAGAACAGAAGCCGUGGCUUUGAACCAUUUCCAGCACCAUGAUAUGUCGUCUCUACGCAACUGUUGCAUUCAUAUCGUGACAUAAGCAUGAAGAGUUCGAUGACGUCAGUGAUACGUAAACUUAAGAUUCUUCUCCUUGUGUCUUAUUUCGGUUUAGUAGUGUUUCCAGCCACCAGAGGGUGUAGAUUGUCAGAAUAUUAUUGCGACAACGGUAACUGUGUUUCUCACAGCCGCUUCUGUGAUGGAACUGAUGAUUGUGGAGAUGGAAGUGAUGAGCCAUUAGGAUGUACAAAUUGCAACCGGACAUAUUACGGUCUUGUUGGAACGAAAUAUCCUUUGCGUAUUACUAAGCCUUUUCAGCGCUCAUUUCCAUACGUGUGUCGGAUUACGUUUGUAGCAGAAGGAGGAGAUUUCGGAGACAUAGUUGAGGUCUCAUUCCUCUCUUUCCAGCUGGGUUCUUUCCAGUUAGAUGGGAGGGACAAAUGGACAUGUCAAGAAGGUUUCAUGCAGAUACGUGAGCAAGAGAAGACUGGUUUCGGAUCGUCGUAUUCCUUUUUGUCCUUUACUGGUGACAGCACACCCAGUUACGGUUAUUUCUGUGGCAAAAUGUCCGGUCAAAGGUUAACCUUUUACAGUAUCACGAGAACUCUAGUAGUAACAGUGGUGUUCCCUCAGGUCUCUUCUCCAUACCUAGCUGCUCCGGGUGUUUUUCUUACGUACCGGUUCCAUCGGAAGUCUCUAAGCCUACUUAGUGAUGCCGUAGAUUUGGGCAAAAGGUUGUCUAGCUGGUCUUGUGACAGGUCAUUCAGCGAUUGUUAUAACCGGAAGUGUCUAAUACGUUCACCCAAUUACCCUGGAUUUUAUUUAAGGAACAUUACCUGCAACUAUUGGAUUGAACAGUCCUACGCUCCACGUGGUCAUUACGCCCAGAUUGAAAUUUCUCAAGAAAACGAGUUUAAAGUUGAUGUUGGUGGCGGUUUUUCCAGUACAAGAAAUAUAGUGCAUCGCCAACUGACCACCACCUGUCCAGGAGACGUUGUUCGUGUUUAUGACGGAAGAACGACAUCUUCUCCCCUACUGGUAGAAUUCUGCGGGUCAGGAGUUGUCCCAAACAUCGUCACGAGCGGUCCCACGGCUCUGGUACAGCUCAUAAGCCAUCCAUACCAACCACUUCGGAGAUCUCUCCUUGAACUCAAGAGUUCGGCGAGAUUUCGACCCGAUUCCGAAUUUAGGGCUAAGAGAAAAAAGUGCGAAUUCUACAUAUAUGGAAACCAGAAUAAAAGCGGUUCCAUAUACAGCCCCUCUCACACUCUUGCUGCUAAUACCACGUGCACUUUUAAUUUCAUCGGAAAAGCACCCUUUGCUAAAAUUUGGUUGUAUUUCGUAUCUUUUUAUAUCGAAGACUCCCAGGCAUGGUCUAGGGAAGAGAAGUGCGAUGUGGCCAAACUUCAGAUUUUCGACCCUUUUGUAAACGACCAGAGAAGGAACGUUUUACUCAGAGGAUUUGGCUUUGGAGGCUUAGUAAGUAACUAUUGUGAAAAGUCUUACCCUCGAAUGUGUGCUCACGCACGCGACACCCCAAAUCUAACCCCUCUCCGUCCCUGUCGUGUACCCGAAGAAAGCUAUCUGUCAGCCGGGCCUGAGAUGAGUGUGAUGUUUACGGUCUACGAAAACUCCAAACUUAAACUAGUUCCAAGCACGUUCCUCGCUAGAUACGAGUUUAUCGACACCAUGCUGGACGGCUAUCCCGUUAACGGGGCACGAUGUGACCGGCGGUUUGUCAGCAGGAUAAACGCCGCUGGGAAACUACGGUCGCCCAAAAAUCUGUUCUUUUUUGGUAGGGGUGGGAAUUUCAACUUACGCUGUUUGUUUUACUUAGAAGGACAACCUGGGGAAAAAGUUCGAAUCACUAUAGAAAACAUAUCGUUAGGAAGGCAAAAGGAACAUUGUGAGACUCACUUCGAUCCCGUCAGUAGACGCUACACGUGUCAUUUGGGUGGGUCACCUUCCAGAUUCGGACUUAUUAACACUACAGAGGAAAUUGGCGGCCUUCACAUCCCAGGGGACUGUGUGUGCGGGUCAAGUUAUGUGAUACCCAGCACCCUGAUACUAGAAUCGGUGAGCAACAAGAUGGUACUUUCCUUCGUCGUGGUUGAAAUGACCACUAAAGACGAUUUCAGUGAUUUUUAUUUCUCAGGAACCUACGAGUUCAUCUCUCGUAAUUACUGUGCCAAUCAAGAAACACUCAGUGGACCUGCUGGGGACAUCUCUUUGAAGGUCCCCCCUGUCGUUGUAGAAAAUGUGGCGUCAUUUAGAUGUAGAUGGGUUAUUCAAGCCCAACCACACUGGUUCUUAUAUCUCUCGGCCGAAGGAAGCACUGGAGGUCAAAGCUGUCCUGGAAACAGACUUUUAGUUUACAGUAACUUUGAAAACCGGCCUGAGCGGGUUAUAUGUUUUGAAACGUCUAUCAAAUUUAGAGACAAGAUUCAAGUGUUUACUCCACUCUGGAAAUCAGAGCAUUAUCUAUUAAAUCAGUCUCAGAAAGGUCUUUCUGACAGACUUAUCAUUGAAGCGCUCGCUGUGACACCUGGGGAGAUUUCUUUCAGUUGGCUAGAAGUUAUGAAACCUUACGUUAAGUCUAGCACAGGCAAGUCAGUGAGAAACGCUGAGUGUAAUUACGAGUGUCCCGAGCUUCAGGCGUGUAUCAGUAGAGAUCUUUGGUGCGACGGGAAAGUUCAUUGCCCUUCUGGCUGUGAUGAAGUACCUGGUCAUUGCCACGUGUUUCCUACUUUAUAUGUCGCUGUUGGGGUCAGUGUAAGUGUGAUAUUGUUGUUUACUGUGUGUUUACUUGUUGCUACGAGAAUCUGUCAUUCUAAUCGAAGGAAGGGUUCCCAACCUGUGCCAACUGAAGAGGUUCAGAUGGAGACAACAGUUGGUUGAGAGAAAAAAAAGCAAUCUAAUAAGGUAACUUAGUAAGGGCAUUAACAGAAUAUGAAAGAAAAUUUAUUUGAGAAAAAAUGUAGCAAAAACUAUAACCGAUAAUAAGUUCCACGUGUUUCUUAUUACACGGAUAUAUUUGAAAAUUUUCAUAUUCCAGUAAUUCCAUUAAAGUCUUGUUGAUCAAGUGUCCUGUGGUUAAAGACACUUGCUUGUUAGUGAGUGCUGAGCAUAAUUAAUAAAUCUUUUAACAGGGGUUUAACUGAGUACUUGAAUGGUGAACAAUCACGAGGAACUCUUUUUUUAACAUUAUUCGUUCAUAUAAAGAUUUAUUUUAACCGAUGGUUAUUUGGGGAGUUUCUUUCCAUGUUUAUCUAGUGAUGUUUAUGUUUAGCUAAUGAGCACUUAAGCCCCAACAAAAGAGUCAACUUUAUAACUGUUUUGUAUGUAAGUAACAUUCUGUUCUGGGGAAAGUUUGUUCGGCGAACCCGUUAAAAAAAAAGUUGAAUCUGAAUAUUUGUCAUGCUCUAACUUAUUAAAUUUGUUUUUGUUUUAUUCGCUCAGUUGUAAGUAAAAUACCGGGGUGAUACGCAGGUUUCAGAAUGAUAUUUUUUUAUAAUCAAGGUUUCUUGUGAGUUAUGUGUAACAUAGAGAAUUCUAAAAGUAAAAAUCUUUAAAAUGCUCUAAGUCAUAGGAAACAUAGCGGAUAAUUUCUAUAAAGUUCAUUCGCUACAUGUAUUUUUUUCAGUGUGAAAAUUCUUCGGAACUUCAAGUGGGAAAAAAGGAGUUGGAUUUCUGAAAUUUAUCUUCUGACAAAUCACUAGAAUAUAAGCGAUUUUUUUGUUUUAUAUUUCCGUGACGCAACUUAGUGGUUUUCCCAUACACGUGAAUUUGGAGUUGAAAUUGGGCUCAUUGGUGAGCCGUUGGGUUUAAAGGUCAUUCUGGAGUCACGUGUCGGCUCUUCUUUAUGUAGGAUAAUAAUGACAAUUAUAAGAUUUUCUCGUGAAAUAAUUAAAAUCUAUAUUUCAUAGCAGUGCUACACCUAUUUAUUUUACGGGUGUGUCCCAAUUUACUUUGACAGGUUCUUUAAUUUGGCUUUUGGAUAAUGAAUAACAGGUUCAUCUGAGCAGGCGUGGGAAUUACAUAUGGUUUAGGUUUCAGUACAACAAGUUCACAUGUUACUAUUGUAAAACUAAUGCUUUUAUUAUUUGGUUGUAUGAUUGUAACGUAAAUGUACCUCUUAGUUCUGUUUAACUGCUUUCUUUGUUGACUUAGACACAUUAUUUCUGUUGAAAUGUUUUCUUUGUUGACUUUGACACAUUAUUUCUGUUGAAGUGUUUUCUUUGUUGACUUAUUUAGACUCAUUAUUUCUGUUGAAGUGUUUUCUAUGUUGACUUAUUUAGAUACAUUAUUUCUGUUAAAAUGUUUUGUAUGUUGACUUAUUUAGACUCAUUAUUUCUGUUGAUAUGGUUUCUUUGUUGACUUCGACACAUUAUUUCUGUUAAAAUGUUUUGUAUGUUGACUUAUUUAGACUCAUUAUUUCUGUUAAAGUGUUUUCUUUGUUGACUUGGACACAUUAUUUCUGUUAAUAUGGUUUCUUUGUUGCCAUAGACACAUUAUUUCUGUUGAAGUGUUUUCUUUGUUGACUUCGACACAUUAUUUCUGUUGAAGUGUUUUCUUUGUUGACUUAUUUAGACUCAUUAUUUCUGUUGAAGUGUUUUCUAUGUUGACUUAUUUAGAUACAUUAUUUCUGUUAAAAUGUUUUGUAUGUUGACUUAUUUAGACUCAUUAUUUCUGUUAAAGUGUUUUCUUUGUUGACUUGGACACAUUAUUUCUGUUAAUAUGGUUUCUUUGUUGCCAUAAGCACAUUAUUUCUGUUGAAGUGUUUUCUUUGUUGACUUCGACACAUUAUUUCUGUUAAAAUCUGUUGUAUGUUGACUUAUUUAGACUCAUUAUUUCUGUUGAAGUGUUUUCUUUGUUGACUUUGACACAUUAUUUCUGUUAAAUUGUUUUGUAUGUUGACUUAUUUAGACUCGUUAUUUCUGUUGAAGUAUUUCUUUGUUGACUUUGACACAUUAUUUCUGUUAAUAUGGUUUCUUUGUUGCCAUAGGCACAUUAUUUCUGUUAAAAUGUUUUGUAUGUUGACUUAUUUAAACACGUUAUUUCUGUUGAAUUGUUUUCUAUGUUGACUUAUACACAUUAUUUCUGUUGAAAUGUUUUCUUUGUUGACUUAUUUAGACUCAUGAUUUCUGUUGAAGUGUUUUCUUUGUUGACUUUGACACAUUAUUUAUGUUGAAGUAUUUCUUUGUUGACUUUGACACAUUAUUUCUGUUGAAGUAUUUCUUUGUUGACUUUGACACAUUAUUUCUGUUGAUAUGGUUUCUUUGUUGCCAUAGACAUAUUAUUUCUGUUGAAGUGUUUUCUUUGUUGACUUUGACACAUUAUUUCUGUUAAAUUGUUUCUAUGUUGAUUUAGGCACAUUAUUUCUGUUAAAAUGUUUUGUAUGUUAUUUCUGUCGAUAUGGUUUCUUUGUUGCCAUAGACAUAGUAUUUCUGUUGAAGUGUUUUCUGUUAAAUUGUUUCUAUGUUGACUUCGACACAUUAUUUCUGUUGAUAUGGUUUCUUUGUCGACUUGGACAUCCUGUUUUUGUUUAAGUACCAUCUUUGUUGCUUUGGACAUUUGUACAUUAGCGUCAAAUGAUGAAUCGUAAGGCAUUCAUUAGUAUCGGAAUAUUACUAUGAUUUUAAAGUAAGUUUUCAUGACAUAAUUAUUUUACAAUAAUUAACUCAUUUCAGGCUAAACUACUCGCCAAGGGUUAAUCACGCAACUUAGUAUUACAAUGAGGGCCAAGUGAAAGCGAUAGUGUAUGUUGCACAAAAUGAAUGUUUUGUACGCAGGGAUGGAUACAUUAUAUUUACCUAUAUAAUAUAUGUGUUUGACUUUGUAACGUAUGAAGUGUUUGAAAUUUAUCUAAUGCUAAAGUACAGACUUGUGUACGCUUUUAUUAUAUAAAUAUGUAAAACAUA